UCGUCUGCGCAUGUGCGGGUCGUGAGGGAGCGCGGCUCCCGGCAACGGCCAACAUGUCGGCGCAGGGUGACUGCGAGUUCCUGGUGAAGCGGGCGCGGGAACUGGUCCAGGUGGACCUGUGGGCGGCCAAGGCCUGGCUUAUCACCGCGCGGAGCCUCUACCCCGCCGACUUCAACAUCCAGUAUGAGAUGUACACUAUUGAACGGAAUGCAGAACGAACAGCAUCAGCAGGCAGAUUGCUAUAUGACAUGUUUGUUAAUUUCCCGGACCAACCAGUGGUGUGGCGGGAGAUUAGUGUCAUUACAGCAGCCUUAAGGAACGAUUCGCAGGACAAGCAAACUCAGUUUUUAAGAGGUUUAUUUGAAACCCUUCCAGGUCGAGUUCAGUGUGAAAUGUUACUGAAAGCCACAGAGCAGUGCUUUAAUACGUUGGAACGGGCAGAAAUGUUGCUCUUGCUUUUGCGACGUUUCCCUGAGACGGUGGUUCAACAUGGGGUGGGCCUUGGGGAAACAUUAUUAGAAGCAGAAAAUAUCGAAGACCAAGAAUCACCUGUCAAUUGUUUUAGAAAAUUAUUUGUCUGUGAUGUCCUUCCCCUAAUAAUUAACAACCCUGACGUGCGUCUUCCGGCCAACCUGUUAUAUAAGUAUCUGAAUAAAGCAGCAGAGUUUUAUAUUAAUUAUGUGACGAGAUCUGCGCAGACUGAAAAUCAAUACCAAGGUACCCAGGAUACAUCUGAUCUUGUGUCCCCCAGUAAACGAAGCUCUCAGAAAUACGUAAUAGAGGGCUUAACUGAGAAAUCUUCUCAAAUUACGGAUCCUUGGGAAAGGGUGUUCAAGAUACUGUCCAUAGUGGGUGUAAGGUGUGAAUGGCAGAUGGACAUGGCAAGAAGAAGCUUUGGUGACACAUUGCUCAAAAUGAAAGACGUCUGCAGAUACAUCAGUAAUUAUGAUAAUGAAUCUCAUGCAAAAUACAAGACCCAAGUGGUCUAUUCCACAAUGCUGGUCUUCUUCAAGAACGCAUUCCUGUAUGUCAGCAGCAUCCAACCUUCUCUCUUCCAAGGACCAAAUGCCCCAAACCAAGUUCCACUGGUUUUGCUAGAGGAUGUUUCCAAUGUUUAUGGCGAUACGGACAUUGAACGGAGCAAACAUGUGCACAAAAAGAGGAAGCUUGCCGAAGGGAGAGAGAAAACCAUGAGCUCUGAUGACGAGGAUCCUUCUGGGAAGGGGAGAAGCAGGCACAUUACAGUAAAUGCAGCAGACCUGCCAAACGCCAUUGAAGUACAAGAAAGCUUUAGGUUGGCUAGGGACAGCUGGGAACUUCUCCAUUCUCUUGAAUCUUUGGAUAAAGAAUUCACAAGAAUCUGUGUGUCAUGGAAGACCGAUACUUGGCUUUGGCUGCGGAUCUUCCUCACAGAUAUGAUCAUCUAUCAGGGUCAAUAUAAAAAAGCAAUUGCCAGCUUGCAUCACUUAUCAGCCCUGCAGGGAUCUCACUCUCCGCAGCAGAUCCUGGGGCAAGGAUCCCUAGAGAACCACCGAUCCCUAAUCCAGCUUGCAACCUGUCACUUUGCCCUUGGAGAAUACCGGUUGACCUGUGAAAAGGUACUUGACCUGAUGUGCUACAUGGUGCUUCCCAUACAAGAAGGGGUUAAGCUUCCGGAAGAGCAGCCUACAUUGAAGUCCAAAUUCAGGAAAGCUACAGAGUUGAAGCUCUGGCCAUGUACCAGUAAAGCAGUUAUGCCCUAUUGCCUACGGUUACUGUUAGCUUGUUUCAAGCUAAGAGCUUUCACAGACAACAGAGAUGAUAUGGCAUUGGGUCACGUGAUUGUGUUGCUGCAGCAUGAGUGGCCAAGGGGAGAAAACCUGUUCUUGAAAGCAAUUAACAAAAUCUGCCUACAAGGAAACUUCCAGUAUGAAAAUUUUUUCAACUAUGUUACAAAUAUUGAUAUGCUGGAAGAAUUUGCCUAUUUAAGAACACAAGAAGGAGGAAAAAUUCACUUGGAAUUGUUGCCAAAUCAGGCAAUGUUGAUAAAGACUUCUAGCCCUCCGCUGGGGUUACUGCAGCAGGAAUUCAUGCCUGUACUACAGCCCAGCAUGCAGACUGCUGACAGGCACCACACAGUUACCAGGGGAAUAACCAAAGGCGUAAAGGAGGAUUUCCGCCUGGCAAUGGAGCGCCAAGUGUCGCGCUGUGGGGAAAAUCUGAUGACCGUGUUGCACCGAUUCUGCAUCAAUGAGAAGAUCUUGCUCCUUCAGACGCUGACCUGAUUACCAUGAACUUUCUACUGGAACAUCUUGCUAAGAAUAGGCAGAGAGUAGAGAGCCAUGUGGUUGCCUUGAUGUCGGACUGGAAUUCGCCUGAAAUCCAUAGCUCAGCUUGCUGAAGGAGUGCUAGUUGAGCAUGGUUAACUAAAGUCUCAGUGGGUGGUUCAUACAACCAAAACUUCAAGCACCAUUCAGUAAAACAUUUGAGCUAUGUACUGUAAAUAAAAAGA